GUUGAGCUCCAUGUUCAUUCAUCUUCCGUUGCCGUUGCUAUCAUCAUCUCUUCGAAUUCUCUCUUUCCCUCCACCAUUUCGUUUCAGCCGUUACAGCACUGUAAUUCCUACAAUUUCUCAAAUGAGUCACGAGAAAUCACAAUUGAUUUCCCAGAAAUCGAAUGGUAUUGCUAAUUUCAGAUUGUGCAAUGUUUCUGGUAGGAAGACGGAAUUGGUGGAGAUUCAUGCCAGAAAUCCCAGAUUGCAUGUUCUAUUUAUUCCUGGAAAUCCAGGAGUUGUUACAUUUUACAUUGAUUUUUUGGAGUCACUCUAUGAGCAAUUGGGAGAGACUGCUUCAAUAACAGGAAUUGGGCAUAUAUCACACUCGGAAAAGGAUUGGGAGCACAGGAAGUUGUUCACACUAAAAGAACAAAUUGAUCAUAAGAUCGAUUUCAUCCAACAGGAACUGCAAGCACUUGAAGUCCCUCUUGUAGUGGUGAGCCACUCGAUUGGGUCAUUUAUGUCUUUGGAAAUAAUUAAACGAAUUCCUGAGAAGGUUGCAUAUUUUAUUGGCCUCUAUCCAUUUUUGGCAGUGGACGCAGAGUCGCAUAAACAGGCCAUUAUAAAGAAAAUUGCAAGGUCCCAACUUAUAUCUAGUCUGAUCAGUGCUACCGUGGCAUUGUUGGGGUUGCUGCCAAUUUCGGGAUCAAGAUUUAUCGCAAAAAUCUCAUUGGCAAAGACGUGGUCUACAACGGCUCUUGAUGCUCUUUGUACAAGUCUUCUUAAGUAUCACACGAUGCGCAAUGUGCUAUAUAUGGCCAUGACCGAGUUUGAAGAGCUUGUAAAGGUACCAGAUUGGGAAUUCAUGAGAGAAAAACGAAAUCAGAUUGCAUUCUUGUAUGGUGAUGACGAUCACUGGGCUCCAUUGCACAUGCAUGAUGAGAUAGUGAAGCAGGUGCCAGAUGUUGUGGUGGAAGUCGAAAAAGAGGGGCACACCCAUUCCUUUUGCUGCACCGUGGCUGGUUCUAUAUGGGUGGCUCGUCAUGUAGCCACCUUGAUCAAGAAAACCAUAUCUUGAGUCAAGCAACAGAGCAAUGCAAAAGCAUGGAAAUCCCAAUUAAAAGAAGUGAUGGAAGAUAUGAUAUAAUUGAAUGGUGAAUGGUGAAUGGUAAAUGGUGAUGGUAACUUGUGAAUCUGAAGGAUCUUUAAAUGUUGAGAGAGAGUGAAUGCAAUAUAUUUACAUAAGGUCUGAAAGUGUAAUGAUACUCAUUUGUUUUCUACAGUCUGCAACUGAUGGAUGAAAUGUUUGUCAUGUCUUUCAAA